GUGUUUGCAUCCAUUCUGCACAGCAUACAUACCAACCACACCAUGGCAGGUUUGGCCAUGUCGGCACCAAGCCUAAUAAGUAUAGGCUCUCAACGGAAGUGCCUGGCAUUGCCACUAGCCAAUCACACACAGAUACCUGACACUCUAGUGUCUAUUUUAGGAAUUCUUGUCAAGCUUAAAGUGCCUGGUACUAGUGCUAGCUGCAAGGUUUUGUAUUUGUUCUGCAACAUUGACAAUACAUCUUGUACAUCAAAAUGGAAUGUUAAACAUACAUGUGUGAUUGGCGAACCAUCUGGGUGUUUAACAAAAGCCUGA